AUGGUCAGUGAGAUUCUUUGUAAUAUAAUUGGCCAGCUUCGAUUAGAUUAUAUUCACCAGCAACAAAAUAACAGUCUUCCAUUUAAAGAGCAAAUUCUUACUAAAGCUUGUUGUAUUAUUCACACUAGUAAUAAUCAUAAUGUAGUAUUACAAAUGAAUUUCAAAUCUGGUGUUCAACAACCUCAAAUAAGAAAUACUUAUAUACAGGAUGGCACUUUACAAAAAAUGAAUUAUCCUGAUGGCACACCAAAAGGAAUGUAUCAAGUUCUUGAAGAAAGAGCUUCUCAGGAACGUGAUUGUUGCACUACACGAAUUUUAAGUCUAAAACCAGAUUUUGCUAACCAAAAAUCACUUCUUGAAGAAAUUGUCAAAGAGGCAG